AUGCUCGGGGCACCUUCCCUCUAGGCCCGCCUCUGGUAGCGCUUCCGGAGCAGAGUCUUCCAAUCGUGUGCCACUUGAGCCGCGGUCUCCGAAUCGGAAAUAAAACUCGCGGAAGGAAUAGGCCAAUCAGAAAACGAUCUUUGCCUCUUUGGGCGGAAUUAUUUCGAGACUGGUCUCUCACACCGGCAUCCGACAGUCCGCAGCCGGGACUGGACUACGGACAGCCUGGCAAGGAAACUGGUUUAUAGCAUCCACCAAUCAGAGGCCAACGCUAGAAAGGGGGCGGAACCUGACUCCGCGUUGCUAGCGUCGCCACCGUCGUUGUCACUGCUGUAGACGCCGCCGCAGUCACCGCCGCUUCUCCUUCUGCCUGGCUGAGAUGACUGUGGGGAGGCCUGCAGGAGCCCCCGGGGGCUCGGAGUGGAGCGGUCAGAUAUUUCCUCCGAAAUCUUCCUCAGACACAGAAGCAGAAGAGGAGCUGUCUGGGGACACACGGGUCUUGCCCAGGGCUGGCAAACUUGAUGAGUUCCUCAGCCCAGAGGAGGAGACAGAUUCUACAUCUGGCUCAACCAGGAGCUUUUACAAGCACCGAGAGGUACUCACGCAGAAAGACAGGUGGUGCCUGUUGGAAUCCCUUUAUCAAUCUGAUGCAGACAGUGAUGGGAACCUCUCUGAAGAUAACGAGGACCUGGAGAGUUUCUUUCACAACAAGGGCAGGGGGAAGCCACAGGUCCACUGCCCCCAGUCUCUGAGGUGUGACUCCACAAGGCGUUGCUCCCUGAGCAACCUUCCCUUGGACAGUCCCAGGGCUCAACCCAGCCCACCGUCUGUCUCCGGGCCCCCCUCCCAGCACAGAAGCAUCAGCUCCUGGGUCUCAUCCAUCACUGUCCCCCGGCCAUUCCACAUGACUCUGCGCGAAGCCCGAAAGAAGGCCCAGUGGCUAGCCUCACCCUCCUCCUUUCAGCAUGAGAGGCAGCAGGCCCAGAGGCAGGGCCAGGAGGAGGCUGAGUGCCAUCGCCAGUUCCGGGCACAGCCUGUGCCAGCACACGUCUACCUGCCCCUCUACCAGGAGAUCAUGGAGCGCAGUGAGGCCCGCAGGCGGGCAGGAAUCCAGAAGAGGAGGGAACUGCUCCUCUCUUCCCUGAAGCCCUUCAGUUUCCUAGAGAAGGAUGAGCAACGAAAGGAAGCUGCUCGACAGAGGGACUUGGCUACCACAGUACAGGCUGAGGUCCCCAAGCGGAAAGCCACCAAGAAGAUCCCAAAGUCUAUUCUGGAGCCAGCCCUAGGGGACAAACUACAGGAAACUGAACUCUUAAGGAAAAUCCGCAUCCAAAUGAGAGCUUUGGACAUGCUCCGGAUGGCUUCCUCCCCUAUUGCCUCCUCUAGUAGCCGGCCGGACCCACAGUCUCGAACAGCCACCCGAACUCAGAAGGAAAAGCUGGGGUUUCUGCAGACUGACUUUGAAUUCCAGCCUCGGGUGAAUCCUACUGUCCCUGACUAUGAGGGCCUUUACAAGGCCUUCCAGAGAAGAGCUGCCAAGAGAAGGGAAACCCAAGAAGUGACUCGAAACAAGCCCUUCUUGCUGAGAACUGCCAACCUGCGUCACACUCAGCGACCGGCUAAUGCUGACACCACUGGAGGGAGGAGGGACUCCCCACAACCACUUGUCACUCCCCCACCAAGGAGUCGUUCUCUGAGUGGCCUUGCUUCCCUCUCUGCCAACACCCUCCCUGUGCAUAUCACAGAUGCCACCAGAAAAAGGGAGUCUGCAGUCAGAAGUUCACUUGAAAAAAGGGACAAAGCAGAUGAGAGUACUCAGUGGUUGGAAAUGCAUAAAAAGAAGUGCCAAGCAAUGUCUAAAUCCGUGACCUUGCGUGCAAAAGCCUUGGAUCCCCAUAAAAGCCUGGAGGAGGUGUUCAAAGCGAAGCUGAAAGAGAACCGGAAUAAUGACCGUAAGAGAGCAAAAGAGUAUAAGAAAGAACUGGAGGAAAUAAAGAAGAGAAUACAAACAAGGCCCUAUCUCUUCGAACAAGUUACCAAGGACCUUGCCAGGAAAGAAGCAGAACAACGGUAUCGAGACGCCCUGAAGCAGGCUGGGCUGGAUGAAGACUUUGUGAGGAAUCAGGGUCAAAGCACCUGGGCUGUCCAAUGGAAGGAGUCAGAAGUCAAUGAUUCCCCCAGCAUCCACGAAAUUACAAAACUCAGCAUCAAGGAUCCGCAGCAUGACUUAGAAGAACCUCUAGAACAGCCUACAAGCCUCAAGAAAAAACUGGAGGAACUGUCUUUUGAAUCGCCAGAUAAUUUCAAAUCACUUGCUUAAUUAGUAUAUUUAAAUAACCUCUUUUGAAUAAUAUUAAGCAAGCUAACGUGGGGUUGAGUCAAGGCAGCAAAACUUGGGUUUUUGAGUCAUGGCUACUCUUAGAGAGUGGUUUGAGGAAAUCAAAAGGAAGUUGAAGGUGGAAGGAUCAUAGCCCAGAGUUAAGGGUUCCUUCUUUGUGCCUCACACUUCGAGAGCCUAGACAGAAAACAUAAAUCAAUCAGGUGGGCUGGGUGUUAAGAUAGUGGGAGACAGUAGAGACUGGAGAGUAUAAACCCUGUUGAACUACAGGCCCAGUAUUGCCAGAUCGACCACGUUUUCAACAGAAGUCAGAAAUUUACAGGCUGGCAACUAAUUAAAAAAUUUAGAAAUAUUGUGUAGACAAAAAACACAUUUGUAGACUGGAUUUAGCCCACGGGGGGACAACAAGAUUGCAACUCCAGUAUAGAAUUUCUCAACCUCAGCACCAUUGACAUUUUGGACUGAGUAAUUCUUUGUUGGGUGUCGUUGUCCUGUGCAAUUUAGGACGUUUAGUAGCAUCCCUGGCCUCUACCCACUAAACACCAGUAGCACACUGCUACCUUCCCAGCCCCCUAAGUUUUGACAACUAAAAAAAUCUUUCCAGACACUCCCAAAUGUCUCUGGGAGGCAAAAUUGUCUGUGGGUGAGAACCACUACUCAAGCAGGAAAGUAAGGCUUCAGGAAGCAAAAACUGGCAUGUUAAGAAUACAACUAAUUCCUGUGAAUUCAAGCUACACAGCAAAGGAUGAGUAUGCAUGAUAUUAAUGAGUUAAGAACUACAAUGACUUUAUUUAAAACCAGUUAAUUCUUUCCUGUUAUCCGUUUAGAAGGUGUUGCUUUGUGUGUGUACAUGUGUGUGUCUGGGAUGAAGUUCAUUUUAAAUCAAUUUAAAACUUCUCCGACAGCCAUGAUUUUCUACUAGUAGGUGAUCUCUGGAAUUCUUUUCUUCUUACCAGAAAUAAUUAGAUAUUCACUUUUAGUAGCUUUAGAGACAGUAUGAUAGCAACACUGGCUACUCUAACAGUAGAGCCUUUUUUGUGUUUUAGAAAACUGUCUUUCGUUAUUGCCAUUUGUCCACAGACUCAGACAGUCUUUUUCUGGUGGUGACUGAGAGAUACUCCGAUUACUAUCAUCAGGGUCUGCUAGUCAGAGAUGGAGAUACUCAGCCUGUUUCCCAAGACCCCUGAGCUCACUUUUACCAGCAGCAUGGAAUCCUAAGGGUAAAUCAGUGCCCUACCUAAAAAGGAAAAGACUGAGCAAUUUUCUUAAUCUCCUUUUCAAGAAAAGAAAUUUUGUCCAAAACAAGGAGCCGAAGAACUGACUAGGCUGUUUUGUUUAUUUAAAGGGAAAACAAUUGAAGCUCUUAAUCAUGUGAUUUUUAAAUUAAAACAAAGAACCCUCUUAACAUGCUACUUAUUGUAUGUUCCAUAAACAAAGAAAGCAAAGUGACCAAGUCAAGGUACAUAGGACAAGACAGUAACCUCAGCCUGGGCCAAGGGAGAAUUCAAGUAAUUUAUUUUUUUGCAGCCCAGUGGCAGAGUCUCAUACUCAGGUUGCUAAAGGGAGAAUGUCACAACAGAACUGACAUUUACUCCCUUCUCCAAAGCAACAAGGCAUCUUGAAAGCUCAAUUUCCUGGUAAAGUUUUAUGGUUGGUAGCAGGACUCAGUUCAUCCAUGUGAAAAGACAGCUGAGUCUGGGAUGAAAACUCUUCAAAGGAAAACCUGCCCUCAACAGUCAGGGAAACUUCAGCCAACACACAACCAAAUUCACUUCUGGGAGAAGUCCAUCCCAAAAUUUUGCAGUGGGACAAGGGGUAGGUACAGUUACUCAGCCCAUAUUCACUGCUUUGUUCCUUCUCUGGAUCAGAUGGCAGCUUGAAGAGAAGCUCUCCUACAUUCACUUGUAUCCCAGGGAGGAUGAACAGAGGCAAAAGUGGGGUCUUGUCCUUCACAGGUUCAUUUUGGUUCUGACGGAUUGUGAGCCUUAAGCAUCCUUUUCCCACUGUCUGCGCUCUAGGACCAGACAGAGCUGCUCUUCCAGGAGUCAGCACCCACACUCAUGUCUGUCUUUCAGUUAAAUCUCCUUGGUUUAGUAACUGUAAAAGAUUAAAAAAAUAAAAAUCUAGAAUAUGUUACAACUGAAUUACAGGAGAAAUAAUUCAUACUAAAGUAAAAGAAUUAAGAGUGAGAGGUGGGGACUGCACUGCAAGGGUAAAUCAUGGAGCUGUAGUUCCAAAGCAAAAGAUCAAUGCACACACUGACAGAGCUCAGGAUGUGAGGACAGCAUUUUGUCCAUUUCCUGAUGCUGGCUUUCUCACUAUGGCAAGAAAAUAUCUUAAAAGUCUAUAAGCCAAACUGUUGUUUGUAUAUUCCACAUUCUCAUAUAACUUCCAAGUCCUGAAUAAUGAAUUAGCUAGCAACAUUUUUGUAUAAUGGAUGAAAUUAACCAGAUUUAUGGGACAGACUGACUAGUGUAGCCUGAGUGUAGCAUGACACUAAUGCAGUGAACCCUUACGUACUCCUAUAUGGGCAAGUAUCUUCUGAAAGCAACUGCAGUCUCUACAAAGGCCCUUCAAAGUAUGAGGAUGAAGUGGGAGGACCUCCAGUUUUGGUAGAGGGCACUAUUGACUUAAAGUCUCAAGAGCAAACACACCAAGUCAAAAGGUGGUAUCUGAGAUUCUGUUUGACGGGAAAGAAAGAAGAAAAACAAGAGUCACAGUCAGUGAUGCAGAAAUCUGUAAUUUCCAGGGGGAAAUUAGAAAUGGCGGAACCAAAAGUCAGUCAGUAAGCACAAAGGAUGAAGGUUCAAGUAGGAGAAACAGGAAAUAGAGGCUAUUUUAGGAAAUUUGGUGGGUAGAAAAAUAUGUUAAACAGUAAGAAUCAACCAGCUGAAAUGAGAACAUGGGAAAUUCUAUAGGGAAAAUACCCCAGUUCCUUAAAUAGAUAACCAUCCUGAAAAAAAAGAGAGGGAGGCUAUUAUAAGAUAGAUACCAACCAAAUGCAGUGUAUGGGCCUUGUUUGAUCCUAAUCCAAACAAAUUAAUCAUAAAAAGAUAUUUUUGAGAGGAAAAAAAAAAGGAACACAGAUUAUGCAUUGGGUGAUAUCAAGAAAUUAUUUUGCUGAGUACAGAAAAGAUAGUUAUGAAAAAAUUUCUUAUCUGUUAGAGGGAUAUACUGAAAUAUUCACAGAUGAAAUGCUAUGUCUUAAGAUUUGCCUUAAAAUACUCUAGCACAAGCAAAACAGCAACAACAAAAAAGUAGGAGAAGAGUAAGAAUAGUAGAAAGUUAAUUGUUCGAGUUGGGUAAUAGGUACAUGGGGUUCAUCAUACUAUUGUCUCUCUUCUAUACUCCUUGAAAAUCUCCAUAAUAAAAAAUUUAAACUAGAUGAAUAAAGACAGGAGAAAGAGAAUGGCUACAUGAUUAGUUCAAAGCAGUAACCAGGAGAAGGCAAGCUAGGAAGAACCGAUGAUACCAACAGCAAGAAAAUUUCAAUAUAAUACAAACAAGGCUUAGACAAUGGGCUGCAAAGCUGAAUACAAUGGCAGAAACAUUAACAUGCAUGCCCAGAGCCCUCUGAUCCUGGAUAACCCCAGGGAUUUUAUAGAAUAAUUCAGACUAUUCAAUAUAGGAUCUGGAUCAUUUAAAUGCUAUAGCAGCUUAUUGUGCCAUAAAGUUUAUAAUAAAAAGAAAUGGGACAAAGAAGACUUAAAGAUAUUGUAAUGCUUAAGGGAUCCAGGCUGCAUAGGUUUUUGGCCAAAGCCUGUGCAUAUGAGACUGUGAUGAAGUCAUCCACCCCAUGCCGCCACUGAGUUAUCACAAGGCCAAUAAAAUAUCCUAAGAGUCUAGAAGCCUGACUGGUUUUCAUUCUGUUUUCUGGGUCAAAAAGCCAGGGCCAUAGAGUUGGGGGUACUUGGAAUCAACUUAAAACCCCUCUUUGAUGUAGAUGGUGGUUGCUUAUUCAGUAAAUAAGUGAAUACAUUUCCACAGGCCCAGCUGGUUCGGCCUGCUAUCCCUUAGACACAUGACCCUGGCAGACUGAGUUAAUUAUUUUUAAUGAUUCUGUCACUAUUUUUUUUUGCCCAGGCGUCAUUCCAUCCCUAGAUGUUAUUUUCUUUAUAAAUUAUAAGCAGCAUCCUCAUCUCCUAGCGAGGCAGAGAACAGUGGGGGCAGAUGUCCAUCAUUAAGGAGUAUAUACAAAGGAGCAUCUGUGAUCACAUCUCCCAAUUCUGGGGACACCCAAUACUCAGAUUCCCUUCAAAACUGGUCUCAUAUUUAGCUUCAAGUGAGACAUUCUAGUCAAAGUUUCCAGGAAACGGCAAUUGGAGAAGCUUUUUUUUUUCAGAUCCCCUAGAUUCCUAACCACUUCCCACAUUUGUCUCCACAGAAACCAAGUAAGGGCACGAGAUAGUUUACCUCCUGUGGAUUUACUGCAGCUAAGACAGAAACCUCGUAUGAUUGCCUCCCUGACUGCAUGGUCACCAAGUGAUGUGUCACAUCAGGCACUGAAGACAGGGGGCGUGGGGAUCCUUCAGCAAGCACCUCUACAAAACAACAGAACAAUGUUUCAAUGAAAAGUGAAUCCACAGAUAUACCUACCUGCUCCAUCAAGAGCUCUAAAAACUGUUCCCUGAAAUACUGAAUCCCACAUUCCUGUAUUUCUUCCAAAUUAAUUCCUGUCUGAUAAUCAUUAUCAGUGAACUGGAAGUAUUACAUAAGGGGUGGGGAAGGCAGGGAAAAAAUUAAAAAAAAAAAAUUGUUAUUUUUGAUGAAAAUAUACAGAGUAAAAUAUAACCCAGAGGCAAGAAAUCUUGAUAAAAUAGUUGACCAAUUUUUUAUAUAUCAAGUUAGAGUAAUAUGAUUUUAGCACUGUUGCCUGGAUUAGAAUUGUGUACGAAAUAGGGCAAAACCUGCCUAAGCAGGCAGAUCAGGGUGCCAGAGACAACCCUUAAAGCAGUCACCAAUGAUACAAAUAACACAAUAUGGGCGGGCCAACAACUUAAGUUAAACCUGGCUUCAAAGUUCCUACUCCUACACAAAGUUCCAAGUGUCCCUUCCUCCCCUGAGACUGACUGACUUCUUCAGGGCUGACAAUCUCGCUCCAUGCAAUUUCUGUGGCUCAUGCUUUAGUUACCCACUAGUAUCAUUCCUGAAACAGCAGGCUUAUGUGGUGGCACAUUCUGGGCCUUGUAGGUGCCAUAUAGAAGUUACAUAACCAUGAUCACUUACACCUAAAACUGAGAAGGCUAUGGGAAACUAAAACAUAGAUCUCAGACUUAUUAAAUGUUCAUUCAUGGGAGCACCAGGAAAAUUCUGGAAACAUUUUACAGAUAUACCACUUAUCCCUUAAACAAAAGUUUAUUCAGGGACUUUCUAGCUCAUACUGCUGCUUCCCAACUAUACCAUAAAAUUUAGUAUUUGCUUACACACGACUGUUUACUCAAUGUUGCUUCCCAUAUGCAAGUUUUGUCUUCUCAAAUGGGUUUUAAGGUCCCUGUCUUCUACUUUUCUCUUUCCCAUGGUGCCAGGCACAUAGUAGGCACUGAAUAAAUGCAUGCUGACCUCACCUGUUAAGUUUUUCAGAGAAGAGGGCCUGGCCUGUGUAACUUGAGUGAAAUUUCUAUACCAGAGAGGAGCAAUUGUUUCCUAGAGAGCCCUUUCUGUUCUCCAGAAGAUAUGGCUUUUGAAGGUAUGGAGAAAUUGCUUUAUAUCUCCUCUGUAAAACCUGGUUAUGUUCUGUAUAAAUGUUUUAAAAGUUAAGUUCUUCCAUAACUGCAAUAGGAAAGAUAAAAAUAGUUGGGCUAGGAUGCUAGGAUUAUGGAUAAUUUUCUUUUUUAAAAAUUUCUUCAUUUUUUGUUACAUUAUCACAAUUUUACUUACCCACCCCAGAAACAAAGAACACAAAUCCUACUCAAUCAUAUCACAGCUACUCAUAAGAAAUGACAUUAAUUAAGAUCUUCGUUUUGGAGAUAACCCCAUUCCUUUGUCCCUAGUUGCAGCCCACUUUCCCCAAAUAAAGGAGAGUUGAAAGUCUUACCAUCAACUCCCAGAAUAGAACUGGUAUUUGGUAGAUUCAAGGACUCUCCACCAAGGCUGGGCUGGGAAUUCACAGACACCAGGUUUUUACUGGGUACUGAAGCCUCUUCAAGCAAACUACUGCCCAUUAGUGGCUCAGCUGCACAGAGAAUAGGAUGAGACAUACAGCAGUCAACCUCUCUCAUGGCUGUGCCUAGUCCUCACUCCCCUUCACAAGGAAGCUGGCCUUCUUCUACGUAAUGAGAAGUUAACCUGUAUCCUGGAUGCCACCUCCUAUUUCACUUACUUUUGGGAAACAAGAAUAAACCCAGAAGAGAGGGUUGAGCCUUAGGGAUAAAUAUCCUUGCUUGUAAUCAGCACCUGAAGAAUUAGCAUAUGAAAUGGGAUGGGUGAAUCUUUAUAAAGAAAUAUUUGGAAGGAAAUAGGGAUUAAGGAAACAUAGAAAAGGAGUAACAAAAAAGAGAAAAAAGAGUUAUCAAAUUUAAGUUAGGACAAAGAUGUAGUCAUGACUGGUAAGUAACAAAAUGCCAAAUCCUCGACAUAGAGGAAUCUUUAUCACCAAAACCAACCAAAUCCAUUGCCGUCAAGUCCAUCUAGACUCACAGUGACCCUACAGGACAGAGCAGAACUGCCCCACACAGUUUCCAAGGAUCGCCUGGUGGAUUUGAACUGCCGACCUUUUGGUUAGAAGCCGUAGCUCUUAACCACUAUACCACCAGGGUUGCUAUCUUUAUCACAGUGAUAUUCAAAUGCUGGUUCAGAUCAGGACUAGAUUAGUUACCAUCAAACUCAUUACAGGAACGUUUUUGUGUGUGGUGAAAAUACGACAGAACAUUCGCCAAUUCAACUAUUUCUACAUGUAUAAUUCAGUGACAUUGACUGCAUUCUUCAUGUCGUGCAACCAUUAUAGGCUACCCUUUUACAAAUUAUUCCACCACCAUUAACAUAAACUCAAUGCUCACUAGAAGAACUUUUAAAACUACAGAUUCUAGGAUCUUACUCCCAAAUAAUCUCACUUAUGAGGUUGCUUUGUUUUAUUUUGGGGGGGAGAGGGAGGAUGAGCAAUAGGCUCAUGUAUGUUUUAAAACACUGCAGGUAAUUCUACUUUAUACUAGGUUUAGGAACCACUAGCCCACCUACCAACUGAGACCAAGUCUCUCCACCUAAAACUGAAUCAGAGACUUCCACAUAACCAGACAGGCCAGUUACUUGGCUUUUUGACCCUGAAAGAUACAGCCUUCCACUAUGCCCACUCUUCUCACCAGUCUGCUCCUGUUCUUGACUCCCAGCUGCUCCCAUCUGUAAGUGAUGCUUUUUCAUGUGCACAUUCCUGCUCCCACUCUGAGAGAAGGUCUUCCCACAGACUUGGCACUGAUGAGGUUUCUCUCCUGAAACAGGGACCAGGUUAAGACAGGAGAAGCAAAAAGACAAAGUACAUUUCUCACAGCAAGAGAAUGGACUCAAGACCUAGAUGAAGAGGCCCAGAGAAUGUUAUCAAGAAGCUGCUCCUUCUCCCACUUCCCACCUUUCCCCAGCCUCUCAACCUUCAGUACGUAGGGGAAGGCAGGAAGAGUACACCCAGGACUGUUCUCAACCACCAGUUCUUUCCAUACCCACUGCACUGCUGCCUUCAAAAACAUCUUUGAUUAUAGGAUUGCCAGCCACACAGAGUAUUUACAUCCCUUUUCAAAGUCAGUCUUCCAUGGACCUCUAGGACACAUACGUUUCUCAAGGAUUUCAACCCUGAGUUCAUACUAUCCCCUUAUCCUGUUUCCUGUCAUCAUUCUCAGAGCCCUGGGUGGUGCAGUGGUUAAGAGCUCAGCUGCUAACCAAAAGGACAGUAGUUCGAAUCUACCAGCCGCUCCUUGGAAACCGUAUGGGGCAGUUCUACUCUGUGCUAUAGGGUUGCUAUGAGUCAAAAGUGACUCAACAGCAAUGGUGUUUUUUUUGGCCAAUGCUCUCAGAGUCUUCAACAUUUACACUGGUGGCUCUUUUAGCACAGUGAUCUCAAGUAUUCUCUAUGUUUUCAAGUCCAAAACUCUCAGACUCCAUCCCACCUACCCAGACAACCACCCUUAGAGCAGAGGUCAAAAACUCAAGUCUACAGGGGGCUGGGUGGUGGCAUAAAUAAGUGAAACGGGCCAGGUGGGAGCCAUAGUAACCUAAAGAGUACCUUCCCCACAAAGGAGCAGCUGUUACUCAGUUCUAGUCAAUUAUUGCCAUGUGUGAAUCUAAGCCUAUCACUGCCAGAUGUUCUGAAAUUUUUUUUAAAGAGAAGCUAGAAAUGAGGGUUUUUAAGUAAAAUCUAUUUGUAAGUGUUGGGAACUAAUUCACAGUUGAUAAAAACACUGUAAAGCAAUCUUACCCUGCUGACAGGAACACAAAAUACUACAACCCCUGUGGCAGAUAAUCUUAUAGUAUCUAGAAAAAUUAUAGAUGUACUUGCCCUUUGAUGUAGAAACCCCACUUCUAGGAAUCUGUCCUGAAGUUACAGUGGCAAAAUGUGAAAUAAUCUAUACACAAAGUUAUUCACUUCAGCAUUGUUUAAAAUGGCUAAAGACUGGGAAAAAAUAUUCACCACAGAAGACUAACUGAACAAAACUAUGGAACAUAAACACAGUGGAAUGCUAUGUAAAAAGGAAUGGGGAAAAUUUCUAUACACUGACAUGGAGUGAUUCCAGGAUACACGGCGAUUAAAAAAGAGUGAACUGUGUGUGUGUGUAUAUAUACAUACAUAUACAGGAAACACUGGUGGCGUAGUGGUUAAGAACUAUUGCUGCUAACGAAAAGGUCAGAAGCUCGAAUCCACCAGGUGCUCCUUGGAAACCCUAUGGGGCAGUUCUACUCUGCCUUAUAAGGUCGCUAUGAGUCUGAACCAACUGACAGCAACAGGUUUGGUUUGUUUGUUUUUUUAAUCUUUAUGUACAUAUAUCAAUUACUGUUAAUAAAAAACAAAAACAUGAUCAUUUCAAUAGAAACAAGAAUAGCAUUUUGACAGAAUCCAACAACCAAAAUUCAUAAAAACCAUGAACAAACUAGGAAUAAAAGGGAAGUUCCAAAACCUGAUAAAGGACACCUGUGAAAAAGCUACAGCUAACAUCAUACUUAAUCAUAAAAGACUGGAUGCUUUGUCCCUAACGCUGGGAACAAGACAAGGAUGCCUGCUCUCACCUCUUCUAUUCAACAUUGUAGUGGAGGUUCUAGUCAGUACAAUAAGGCAAGGAAAAAAAAAAAUUAAAA